AUGUCAGCUUUCCCAACUUCGAUUUUCCUAGUUAUCGUUUCAGUUAUCGUAUUAUCUGAAUCAUGUUCAGAUUCUUCGACAGCGUAAGCAUAACCUAUUUGUUUCAGUUCUCAAAAACUAUUCAAAUUUUCAGAUGUUCCUCAUGGAAAGCAAAUGGUUAUUGUACAAAUUCAUUUUAUACAGAUUCCGAAAGACAAUCAUAUUGUGCAGCAACUUGUGGUUAUUGUACAAUUUCAUCAACAACUGGUUCAUCAGUUGGUUGUACUGAUGCAUAUUCUGGUUGUUUAGUUUGGAAGAAAAAUGGUUUUUGUUCAAAUUCAUUUUAUAAUCAAACUAUUCGUGUUCAAUAUUGUCAACAAACUUGUGCACUUUGUUCAGUUUCAUCUGAUUCUACUACUGAAGCCACUACUGCUGCUGCUGAUGAUACAACUACUGCAUAA